UGCUUUGCUUUCCUCUACUUAAGCGCCACUUAAGCGCCCUAUUGGAGACUUUAUCUUCGCCAUUACUGUUUUUGUCUCUUAUUUCCUCUCUCCCUUUCUUAUCCCCGUCUCUUCUUCAGAUCUGUGCUUUCCUUUGCUUUCUUGAAGCCCCUUGUUCGUUUAGAAUUCAAAACUUCAGUUGCGAAAGUUUGACAUGGCAGAUAUGGGCCCUCCAAUUGAAACUCCAACCAAGACUCCAAUCUCUCAACCUUUACCACAUCCUCCUCUGAAUGAAAGGAUUCUCUCUUCAAUGACUAGAAGGUCUGUGGCUGCACACCCUUGGCAUGAUCUUGAGAUAGGUCCUGGAGCUCCAAAAAUUUUCAACUGUGUGAUUGAAAUAAGCAAAGGGAGCAAGGUGAAAUACGAACUUGACAAGAAAACUGGCCUGAUCAAGGUUGAUCGUGUGCUUUACUCCUCAGUUGUUUAUCCCCACAACUAUGGUUUUAUUCCUCGUACCCUUUGUGAAGACAAUGAUCCCUUGGAUGUGCUGAUCAUUAUGCAGGAACCAGUUCUUCCAGGAUGCUUUCUUCGUGCUAAAGCCAUUGGUGUGAUGCCUAUGAUUGACCAGGGUGAGAAAGAUGACAAGAUAAUUGCUGUGUGUGCCGAUGAUCCAGAGUACAGGCAUUACAAUGAUAUCAAGGAUCUUCCACCUCAUCGAUUGGCUGAGAUCCGCUGCUUCUUUGAAGAUUACAAGAAAAAUGAGAAUAAGGAAGUUGCAGUUGAUGAAUUUCUUCCAGCAACUACUGCUUUUGACGUAAUUCAGCAUUCCAUGAAUCUUUACGCAGACUACAUUGUGGAGAGCUUGAGGCGGUAAACGUCCAUCUGCUGAAGCCAUAGGCGUUUGUCAGUCUUCAUACAGAUAUGGUGGUGUUAUAUACAGGUCUUUUCAUAGUAACAAGAAAUUAAUUCUCCCUCCAUAAGCAUACUUUCUUCUGCAAAUGUGGUCUGGUUCUGGUAGUACGUUGUCUUGGUGAGCUGGCUAUUAGCUCAUGAUACCGAACAAUGAUAUGAUGGCGAUAAUUUUGAACUGCUCUUCGCUGUAAUAAUAAUAGUGUUUCAUCUAUAGUUUGUUAAAUAGAUUUAUGCUUGUUUCGUCUGUUAAGCAGAAUAUAAAAGAUCGAAAGCACGAUGCAAUGCUUGGGUGAGAUAUGUGGAACUGAGCGGUUUCCAUAAAAAGCCCCAGUUGGUAUGAAUAUAAAGUCUAUCUUUGAUUUA